CAGUAUAAAGUCUGCUGUUCAUCCUCAGCCUCCACCCGCUGGACUCCAACAAACACAACUUCAGCUUGAACUCACAGCGAGGUGAAAGAAGACAGAUGACAAUGACCGACCUGGAGACCUCGAUGGCGACCAUCAUCGCCGUGUUCCAGAAGUAUUCAGAAAGAGAAGGAGACAAACACAAACUGAAGAAGAGCGAGCUGAAGGAUCUGCUCAACGACGAGCUGCCGGAUCUGAUGGGGCAUGUGAAAGACCAGGCUACACUCGACAGCCUGAUGGAGAGCCUGGACGCCGACGGCGACGCCGAGUGCGACUUCCAGGAGUUCAUGACAUUCAUCUCCAUGGUUACCGUCUGUUGCCACGAGUUCUUCGAGCACGAGGACGAGUGAAGGAGGAGGAGGGCAAGCAGGGAGACAAAAGAGGGGGAGCUACAGUAAAUUAUAAAGAAGGAGAAGAAGCCUAGCAACGCACAACCUGUGGGUGCAGUCGGCGCAGCGCAGGCUGGGAACACAACUCCAGCCAGCAGCCAAAACAUUAUUGGCUGGUGGCUGGCAGACAGUCCAGUCUAGUAGCUAAAAUCAACCUUGUUCUUUUUCUAUUUGAGUCUAAAUACCUAGAUGGCUUGUAAAGGCUUCAAAAAGGCUUUGGGAUUUUAGUGUGGCUCUGAAGUUUGUUCCAAAACUAGACAAUGAUUUCUAAAAGUAGCUUCUUCUGUACAUCAGAUGCUAGUUGGCUGCAGAAAUUGGUACUUUUUGAUCGCCACUUUAGCAUAAUUCCCAGUCUCAUUCUUUAUAUCAAACUGUUUAAAACAAUUUAGAAGAGUUAGCUAGAUUUUGGCUACCAGCUUUGGCUACCAAGAUCUGCCAAAAUAUGGUCACUAAUUCAAGUUUCCUCUGGUGAAAGGGCCAGUAAAGUUGUAAAAAGGACCAGUAAGUUUGUCCACACUUAGUCAAGCAGCCUCCAAUCAUUCUUUUGAGAUUUCACACAUGGUAUUUUAGGAGGCCAGUAAAUCGAUAAAACCCUAUUAUCACGAGGUCAGUAUAACCUGGGGAUCUUGAAACAGACACUGGGGAGCUGAUCGAAGGCCUUGUCCACACGAACGUGGCUAUAUUUGAAAAUGUAGCCUUUUCUUAUGCAAACUGCUCUUUAGGUCACUGAAAACUGAUCUCUGGAUGAAGUUGUUUAGAAACUCUGUUUUCAGCCCAGCUGCCCACCAUUGUCGUUAGACGUUAAUAUUUCAAUACGUUCUUACACCAACUCGUCAAAUACCUCCACUUUGUUCGUACAAGUCAAAACACGAUACGCUAGGUAACCUUUUGCAUCUGUUUUGAUUCAAAAUACACUUCUGUUCUCACAGGAAAUGUACAGUUUCUGCUCUUGAUGUGCACACUCUUAUUCUUAAUAAACUUACAACUAGGGAUGCAUGAUAUUAGAUUUUUUGCCAAUAUCGGAUAUGCCGAUGUGUAACAACUCAUUUGACCGAUAACUGCUAUCGAUAUAUUGUCCCCACCUAAUUUUAGAGAUCAUCAAGUCUCCUCUGUAGUGGAAUUAACAUCAUAUUAUACAUGCAUGCGCUUAACGUGACGGCCCACCAUCAGAUGGAGACAUGAAAUAUAAUACGUAUGUAUGUAAUAGUCAUUCAUGAGGCGAAUUAAGGAAAAAGUACGUUGGCCGAUUCUGACAGCUCAUUUAAAGCUAAUAUCCGCCUAUGCCGAUGACACACCGAUAUUAGCGUGCACGUCAAUUUGACGUAGAAUACUGGCGACAGACUCCGUUGGUAUUCUGUUGUUUACAGCUGCAUUGUUAAGUGACCAAAAUCCAACGUCUUCCAUGCCAGCAUCAUCUUAACGUAGAAUAAUCGCAUUUUAUUGUGAGGUAUGUGGAACAAAACCCAAUGUCUGCAAAAUGUUGUCAUGUUAACAUCCACACAAUGUGAAAUCCUGACGUCGUUAAACAUUUGAAAUAUUGAUUCCAACCAAAAUUUGACGUCUGUCCAACAUCUUUCUGACGUCAUAUAUUCUUCACCUGGCUUCUGGGUUCGGGUUAUAUCUCCACUUGUUGGUUUGGCGCGCUCUUGACAGCCCUUUGAUUGUGUUUUCAUGUGGACAGGGUAUUUUUUUUUUAGUCCCCUGGUAAUACUGGGCUCCUGUGAAUAGGGCUUUAGAAGCACCUGUGUGUUUGCAAAACCUUAUUGACUAUCAAAUAUUGAAGGCGACUUGCAGGUUGGUCGUUGGCUAGCAAAAGUUUCAAAGUGGCUUGUGAGUUUCAGUUCAGCUAGAAGCCACUUUGGAAACAACAAUUUAGACAAAAUCUUAAAAAUCUAGUUGACUAUCAAAAAUUGAAAAUGACUUGCAACUUAGUCUUCAAGGUUUAAUUGGUUAGUAAAAUGUUGAAAAUGGCGUCUGAGGGUUUUUAUUUUUUACGCUAGCUUCCAGUUCGGUAAAAACAUUGUUUAGAAGGUUUUUUUUGUUUUUUGAGAUACUUCAUAUUUAGGUAGCUGGUAGACAAGUAAUCAACGAUUAUUUGAGUCAUAAUAUGUUGCAGAUGUUUAGCUGGCUGCAGAAAUAAUCCUAAAAUGUUGAGAUUUAGUCGCCGCUGUUGUCUGUAGCCAAACAAUUCAACCUGCUAGAGUAAAAAAAAAAAAAAAAAAUCUUGUUU